AUGUCGAGUCUUAACGCGAUGGUCGAAUCAGCACGCGUAGGAGUGGUAGCAGGGAUUCGCGCCAAGAUGAAAAUCAAGGCCCCCUUGUUUACGGACAAUGGCCGAGCCGCUGAUUCAUGUGUUGGUCAGAAUAUCAUUUGUGCGAGUCUUUACUGCCAUAAAGUUGCCACGGAGCACUAA